AUAAGACGCCCCUGGUGUACAUUGAACAGUACGUUCCUGCAGAACGGAGCCCGCGAGGGCUAGUUAGAAGAAGAGAGUCUAACUGGUGAUCCGAAGUGGUACAAGAGCGAGGGAGACAGAGAGAGCGAGAGAGGAACGCGAGGGCCGAGGCACACACCAUCGAGUAUCAACCAGCUGGUUGGCAAGGCAGCCGCGAGCAGUCGCCAGUGAGACGCGGUACCCCGCGAGGGCUUUCGUCGUUUGUUCGUUCGUCUAUACGUGUGUCUAUAUGUCCGUCAUCUCCCUUCCGCUUAAACCUAUCGUGGUCGUGCGUACGUUCAUUCGUUCGUCCGGUCCGUGUGUGGUGCGUCUCCCUUCGCUUGCUUUGAACGACACUUGCCACCGGUCGCGACUAUCGUCUCUGUGUCAAAGUACAUCUCUCUCUUACUCUACCUCUCUCUCCUCGUUUCUCUUGGCGUGCCCGACCGAAAAGACAAGAUGGCUGCCGACUCAGGAAUGGAGACGUGUCCCUCCCCGGAGAUUGCAGACUCCAGGAAGCGGCCGCUUGAUUGUGACGCGGAAAAUGGCGCGACGAAGAGGUCUCAUUAUGGAUCAGGAGGAGAUGGAACAUAUCACCUCAAAGUAUUGGUCCCUGGCGUGGCUGCUGGAGCAAUCAUUGGGAAAGGAGGGGAUACGAUUGCCCAAUUACAAAAAGAUACAGGAGCCAGGGUCAAGAUGUCUAAAUCCCACGAUUUCUACCCAGGAACAACAGAAAGAGUGUGUUUAAUUACGGGUAGUUUAGAAGCUAUAAUGGCAGUUAUGGACUUUAUUAUGGAUAAAAUUCGUGAGAAACCGGAUCUCACAUUAAAGACAACCGUUGACUUUGAAUCAGGGAAGACUACUGCAGAGAGGGACAAACAGGUAAAAAUUUUGGUACCUAACAGCACUGCAGGCAUGAUAAUAGGUAAAGCUGGAAAUUACAUUAAACAAAUAAAAGAAGAAUGUGGCUCGUAUGUUCAAAUAAGUCAGAAGGCAAAAGAUGUGUCCUUGCAAGAAAGAUGUAUAACGGUAAUUGGAGAGAAAGAGAAUAACCGUAACGCAUUAAUGAUGAUAUUAGCGAAAGUGGCAGAUGAUCCGCAUAGUGGAACAUGUCCAAAUGUUAGUUAUGCCGAUGUUAGUGGUCCUGUAGCUAAUUACAAUCCCACAGGCAGUCCUUAUGCUCAAGCACCUACAAGCACUCCCACGUAUACUUCUACGGCUGGCAUCAAUACAGUGAGUCUCUUGAAUGGUGCUGGAUUAAGCUUGAACUUGAAUUUAGGAGCUGCAAUUACAGCAGGUACAGCACCAGUGACAACGCAAUUGUUGGAACAUAUAAAAUUAAAUUUACGAACGGCAGGUUUUUCGGAACCUGCUGCUAGCGAAAUUUUGUCUGCUAUCGCUACACUUGCUAAAUAUAAUCUUCUCGGAAUGGGAAUCGGGAUGCCUUCUAGUAUGGGUUACCUUGGAAAUCCCAUGGAUAGCACUACAACAGCAAAUGGUUCGAAUAACAAUGGCGGCGUAUUUGGGCCAAUUGGAACAGUUCCUGCUCUUGGAUCUACGUCCCCCACACCACGUAAUACACUUGACAGAUACGAGCCUUUUGAUCCAUUCAGACAAAACAACACAGCUGCCAGUGCUAUUCAUCUAAACAACAAUUCGUUUGGCCUUGGCACUAACCAGUUAUCACUUUUUUAAAUUUCCGUCUACCGAUUACGUUUGGAGUAACUCGCGGUGGGACGAUUCGAUCGUGAUUAUGCGAAAUAUCUUCUGUUGCCGGGUAAGUUGUGUAUCCUAUUUUUCCCCUCCCCCUUUCGUUUUCUUUGUAUUCAUCCCCUUUUUCUUUUCUCUGUUUGUUUUUGUUUUAGAGCGCGGUGAUUUCAUUGCGUUAAUAAACAUCAACCAUACUGGCUACAGUCAAAACGUAUUUUUUAUUCGAAUGAUAAGUGCACAUUCACAAAUGUAUUUAUAGUUUGUUGACAGCGUUUUUUUCGUUUUUUAGCUUCGCAUCUACAAAUUAAUAUACAUACACUAUGACACAGAAUUUAUUAUUCCUCAUAAGCAGUGAACGUACAUAAUUCAUUUUCACUUACAAAAUAUCUAUGCGUAUCGUACCGGUGAUUCUUUUCUUACUUAAGUUUUCAUUAAGUAUCGUUUGCAUCCGUUAUUAUAAUACAUACACGCAUUUGCUCCUACAAAGUUUCUUCACGCAUCCUUUUACAAAUGUGUACGCUGCUCUACCUAACUAAACUCUACUUAGGACCAUCAGUAAAAUGAACUCCUAAUCUGGUUCGACCAUUAUUGCCCUUAGUUUGUCCGACUAUACAGUGAUACUAUGUUGCGCACUUCCCUUCUUUUUCCUGUUAAUUUGCUUGUAAAACAAAUGUUCACUGAUUCGUUAUUACCGUUAGUAUUCUAAUUAUUAUUAUAAUUAUCAUUAUUAUUACGUACUUUCCUGCUUCGGGCUCUCACAUGUUCGCGAACAAGCUAAUAGUGAAAAAGCGCUAAAAGUAUAGUUAUCGGCCUCCCGAAUUAAAAAGAAAAAGUACCAGUCCCCAGAGAAAUGGAGAAUUCAUUUCUACCGCAUCGAACACGAAAAAGAUCAUCGUUGGAUGCAAUAAUAUUUGUACACUAACUUCGCGAAUUUUCCUCCUGCGUUACCUCGAGCCAAAUAAUGUAGCUCGAUGGUUUUUUUCUCUUUCUCUCUAAACAUUUUUCAUAAAAAUUAUCCAUUUCUCUUGCUGCGAUAUUUUAUUAUUACAAGAGUAACAAAUAUCACGAGAGUUACAAAGAAAAGUUAGGCUCUCUUCCUCGCUAUCGCGAUACUUCGUUAAUGUCCACUAGCAUCUUACGUCGCAUUGAUCGAAGUGUUCCAUGAUACAUGCCUCGAUAAUAGAGAGAUCGACGAAGAAGUAAAAAUCUUUUUUGUGCGAUUACGCUCGAAGGGCACCACUUGUUUGCAUCCUUUCCUUAUGCGUGCUCUAUAAACUUUGUAAUAUAUGACAUGCGAUAUAUUCGUCGACACGGUAUGAACAGCCAUCUCGAAAAUAUGGCUGAAACGGUUUUCCGCAUGUGACAUUCCAAUUUUUGUUGUAUAAAAAUUAUAUACAUAUGUUAUUAUCUAAUCACACGUUUGCAUAAUGCACAUAUCUAAAUACCAAGUGUAUGUUGCGUCUUUCUCCUCCUUUACGUUAGAAUAUAAAUUAUAAACUAUCUCUAUGUACGUGAUAGACGGUUGCAUGACAGAAGCAUGCAAACAAACGUUCCCCCAACCCCCUCCCGUUCUUACAUAAUACGGUAUUCUCUUAAACACUGCGAAUUACCAACUUUAUGCCAUCGUACGAUUUCUUUAUAAAUCAAGGAUAAUUUUUACUUCCGUAGAAAGUAAUGGCAAGAAGGAACCCGGCAAUAAGGAACAAUGCCGAAGUUAUUGUUUGUCACGCGAUUCUGUUUCGCCUUGUUCGACUUUUGUUCGUGUGACCGUUGUUGUACAGUAAACGUAUCGUCUGUGUAUAAAACUACAAAAUAUAUGAAAGUUAUACAAUAUAGGUGAUACAAUAAAAAAUGUAUCUCUAUAUAAAGAUUACACUUUGCAGGAAAAUAUAGCGUAAAGUUCCAAAGGGUGCUCAAUAUUGAAACGUAAAAAUAUCCUACGAAAUUUCUAUUUAAUUAUUGUUUUCUAUCAAUUUGAUAGAGUUGAGUAAAAAAUCAUUUUUGAAUGAUUUUAAAAUGUAAUUUCUUUCCCAUGGAAUGCUGAAAAGAACGAUUCUAUCUUAAUAAUAAUACACACGUGACGAGCUUGUGCGACAUAUUAAAAUCGAGCACACCUUCCUAUUUUUUAACAUUAAAAAAAUAUGUAAAAUCGAAAUUACCUCAUCUCUACUAUUUGAAAAUGUUCACUUAUGGACUGACAUAGUACGGAGCAAAAUGAAACAUACUCAAGGUAAAGCUUUAGAAAAAGGAAUUUGAUUUGUACUUUUCAUUCCUCGAUAUUAUUACGGAGUUUGAGCAGAUUGCAUUCCCUUAUUACACGUUUCCUCUUUAUUUCUUUGUUUAUUCAAUGUGUAUGUAUGUGAGUAUGUGUACCUGCGAUGUUAAAUCUGCUACUUUAUACUCGGUAAAGAAUUUCAAGUUAUAUUUAAUAUUAUUUAAUAGCAACACUUCUCCUUAAUCUAAGUAAGCUAAAAGUAACUAAAAAAUUACAUUAUUGUAAGUGUAUAAAAAGUAAACUUUUGAUUUCAGACAACAGAACCUAUUUUUAAUAGGUCAGUACGUUUUACAAAGUAAUUGUAAGUACUGUAAGAAGACGAAUUUUGUUAAUUUUGAUUCCGUGUAUAUAGAAACCAAUGAAAAAAUAUAACAAAAAUAAAAACAG